AUGUUUUGUCUGAGGAAACCAGUCUCAUCUGCUCAUCUGACUUUAUGUUCAUACUAUUUCUCAGACAAACACGGAAAUGUGUAUGCACUACCAACCAUGCUGUGCAGUGCUUCUGCUCUUGCUCCUCCAGUCACCAUGCUGUGCAAUGCUUCUGCUCUUGCUCCUCCAGUCACCAUGCUGUGCAAUGCUUCUGCUCUUGCUCCUCCAGUCACCAUGCUUUGCAAUAUUUCUGCUCUUGCUCCUCCAGUCACCAUGCUGUGCAAUGCUUCUGCUCUUGCUCCUCCAGUCACCAUGCUGUGCAAUGUUUCUGCUCUUGCUCCUCCAGUCACCAUGCUUUGCAAUAUUUCUGCUCUUGCUCCUCCAGUCACCAUGCUGUGCAAUGCUUCUGCUCUUGCUCCUCCAGUCACCAUGCUGUGCAAUGUUUCUGCUCUUGCUCCUCCAGUCACCAUGCUGUGCAAUGCUUCUGCUCUUGCUCCUCCAGUCACCAUGCUUUGCAAUGCUUCUGCUCUUACUCCUCCAGUCACCAUACUGUGCAAUGCUUCUGCUCUUGCUCCUCCAGUCACCACGCUGUGUAAUGCUGCCGCUCUUGCUACUCCAGUCACCAUGCUGUGCAAUGUUCUGCUCUUGCUCCUCCAGUCACAGUCUUUUCAGCAGAUGUUUCUGACAGCUGCAGAUGGCAGAUUGCAAGGUAGAGUGUAA